UUCGUCGCGGUUUUGUUGGCCGCCGGGAUGCUGGCCUUUCUCGGCGCGGUCAUAUGCAUCAUUGCCAGCGUCUACCCGGGGUCUUCUACCCCAGCUCAUCUCCCACUGGCGGACAACCAGUCGCUGGCUCCGGAUGCACCGUUGCAGUCCCUCUCUCCGGGUUCUGUUGCACACGCUGGUUCUCUGGGCGCUCUCCACGGUUCUGAAUCAACAGAGUCUGGAGGUGUGGGGGUCAGCCUGGAGGCGCCUACAUUAAACGAACUGAGCAAUUCGGGCGGGAUCGGGUCAGGAGGCAGGAAACAGUUUAGUUUUAGUCGCCUCAUCUGCACCCCUAUUCCUGUUGGAGAAUGCAAAACAAAUAACCUUCAGCAACAAGCCGACGAGCCGUCUUCGUACUCGGCCGAGGACCUGGGAUACUUCCGCACCACCGCUGAGCAACUGCGGCAGACCGUGCUGCAGCAGAAAGACCAGAUCCUAAUGGACCAGCGAACAAUAAGGGAACUAACAGGGAAGCUGUCUGAAUGUGAAAGCGGGUUGGAGGAGCGCAGCGCAGAGGUCGAAAGAAGCGUGGGUAUGUGGGGAGAUAACCGCCGUCUCAUGGCUGGCGACGAUGUGCAUUCUCUGGCUUUGGCUCAGAUGCAAACUGCCCGUGCUGUGGAGGAACUAGAACGAGCCAUUCUUCAGUUGAAGGACCGCAUCGAGAAACUGGAGUCAGAGUUAGGCCCGUUGGCCCAUAACCUGUCAGAGAUGAGUUUAAAGGGGCUGGUGGGCAUCUCUGGGGCCCCGCGGAGGCUGGGCGAGACUGCGCCCUGGCGGGUGGAGGACCUGGAGGGCGAGCUGGAGCGCAAGAUCGAUCAGCUGGAGAAGGAAAGGGCCACGCUCCGCAAGCAGUCGCAGAGCCACCACCAGGAGAUCGACCAGGGCAUCAGCACCCUGCACCACCGCAUCGCCCAGCUGGAGCAGAGCCUGUCGGAGUACGACUACCCCGACGGCUUCAAGCUGUCCUUCCCGCUGCGGACCAACUACAUGUACGGCAAGGUGAAGCGGGCGGUGCCGGAGAUGCACGCGCUGACGGCCUGCCUGUGGCUGCGCGCCCGGGAGGGGGGCAUCGGCACGCCCUUCUCCUACUCCGUGGCCGAGCAGCCCAACGAGCUGGUGCUCCUGCAGGGCCUGCACAGCCCCGUGGAGCUGCUCAUCAGCGACAAGGUGGCGCAGCUGCCCCUGUCCUUGCCUCCAGACAGCUGGCAGCACGUGUGCAUCAGCUGGACGCUGCGGGACGGGGUGUGGAAGGCCUACCAGGGGGGCCUGCUGAAGGGCGGGGGGGAGGGCCUGGCUGCCUGGCACCCGAUUCGGGCUGGAGGGGUGCUCAUUCUGGGGCAGGAGCAGGACACUCUUGGGGGCCGCUUCGACGCCUCCCAGGCCCUGGUGGGGGCGCUGUCCCAGUUCAACCUGUGGGACCGGGUCCUGACUCCGGCCGAG